AACGUUUAUCCAUUUUAAACCCCAAAAGAUAUUUUUCAGCCUAUUCUCUGGUCUACAAAAACCUCAAAACCCCAAAACCAUUUCCUAAAACCCUUCAAUUUCAAUCCAAUCUCCGCCAUGAAUUCCAAUUCCACCACCCCAAAUUUCGACAACCUUCUUCUCCAAUCGUUAAUGGGCAGACUCCAUAUCCGUCCUCCUCCUUCUCCUCUUCUUCCUUCAUCAAACCCACCAUUUCUUUCUCCACAAUCACUCGAAGACCUUCUCUUCAACAACCUCCCUUCCGAUGAUGACGACGACGAAGAAGAUCAAGACUAUAAUACCAAUGGAUCUUCUUCGAAGUCCCAGCUUUCCAGAGAAGAAUCCCGUCUUGAAAAACAGAUAAUCAGAACAAUACUUACUGGAAAGAUUGAUUCAUUGAAACCCAAUUCGGGUCAGGCUGUUACGAUUGGUGAACAUCAUAUAUGUGUCGGGUUUCAUGAAGACCCAGGUACGGAUUAUCGGGUUUGGGAAUGGCAUGGACAUAUUAUGUUGUUUGAUGAGGAAAAUGGGUAUACACCGGAGUAUAUUUAUGGGAAUUACUUUGAAAGAGUUAGUGUUAAGUUGACGAAGAAGAAGAAGAAAGAGGAGGCAGAGGAGGAGAAGGAAGAAGAGGAUGUUGAGAAAGAGGAGAAGGUGGGGAAUUUGGGGUUGAAAGAGUUGAUUGAAUCGGGUGAAUCUAAUAGUGAGGGCCGGAUUCUUCGUCGGAAUAUGAAUGCUGGUUCUCCAAGGGUCUAGCUGACAGGCCGGUGAAAUUGCUCCUGUAUAACGAAGAGGCACUUGAGGUGCUCUGCACAUUUCCCCUUGGCUGAAUGGAGAUUUUUUAACCUUCCCAUCUUCAAUCUAUUUGGCAUUUGAGUGAAUGGCAUACCAAGUAGUUUGGAAAGUUAGGAGAACACAGGCUUCUAUAGAAAGAUUAGGAGCUCAACGGAGAGCAGCAUGGAGUUGAGUACUUUUCUGUGUUUGAUCACAGAUUAUUAGAUGUUCAAUUUCUAAAUGUUGAUUGUCA